AUGCUUUCGCUCCCUAUCUCGCCGGCUCCUCCUCCAAUGCCUACAAUGUCUCGUCGUGUCCCUCUCAGCAACAUCCAAAAUCAUCAUGGGCAACCCUAUUCCCUCAGCACCGCCACCAUCCCUGCGAAACGUCCUGCCAAGCCCACUCGAGACAACCUAGGGCCUCCUCCAGCAAAAAAGGCACACAUAGACACCGGUUAUCUCGGUCCCGAUCAAAAGGAAAAUCGCCACACCACUCCAUCGAAACUCGUCCUUGUUCCAAGAACCCCUAACCGACAGGAUACCACCCGCCGUGAUGUUGUUCCUUCUCGUGUCUCUCGGUCCAAGCCGACCGCCAAUUCUCGUCGUCAGGUCGAGAAGAUCGAUAGUCAGAAGUAUCGAAAACCAAUUCAAACGCAGAAAAUCUCGACCAGAGAUAAGCAGCUCACAGCAGCAAUUGCCGAGAACAACGAAGCCAUAAGGCAAUGGCAAAAGCAUUACCUCAAAGUCUUUCCAACUUUAACGUUCUAUCUAGAUGAGACCGUGUCUGAGGAUAAGAUGGCAAUGCUGAGAAUUCAACUUCGCGACCUCGACUCUACCGUCAUCGACCACUUCGACGAAGAAAGGGUAACCCAUGUCAUCACUGCCAGGGGUGAUAUCCCACCAGAAACCUCGAAAGAGCAAGAGGCUGCCAGGACAGGCACUAUUAAUCCAAAGCUUCUUGGCAAGACAGACUCCAGAGCCCCUGUUGCUCCUAGGCUCACUGUAUACGAGGAGCAGGAAGACAUCCUUGUUCUUGCUCGGCUGAACCAAAUGAAAAUCUGGAAUACCGAAAAGGUUGAGCGUAUGAUCCACACCCUAAACGAGAAGAUCGACGACGACUACAUCGUCCCUGCUGCUGCUCCUUUGAAAACUCUCCCUUCAAAGCAUAGCAAAGUCGAGGUAACUCGGCCUAAAAGAACAUCCGCUGUUGAGUCUACCAAAAAAAAUGAAGAAGCCUUAGGCCGAUUGCUCAACCAAGACAAGACUCGGUCCAGUCAACCAUCAUCUUCCAAGGAGAUGUACGUUUUCAAAGGACCAUAUGUCCUUGUCGGUGACGCUAGUGGACGUUAUAAACAUUUCAUAAUACGAGAGUUUAGAAACGCUUUGCAGCCAGAAAGUGGGGACUGGCCUCAAUUCCGCUCCAACAGGGAGGGCCGUUGUCCAUUUGUCUUGGACCCAGAUACGAAGAGGGCUUACAUGAGGGAGGAGGCUGAGAGAGAGGCCGAAGCCAAGGCGAAAGAGAAGGAGGCUGCUCGUCUCAGAGCAAGGAUCGUCAUGGAACCUCCACCCCGCAACCAGUCACUCAGGGCUAAGACUAGUCUCUUAAAGGAAGAUCCGAGGACCGCUCUUACUGACCGCAGGCCUAUUUCCAGUAUUGAAAACAAAGUCGACAGAGAUAUGGCUACUGCAGCCGCGGCUACCGCAGUCAGGAAGACCGAGUCACGUGUUGAUAAGCUCAAGGACGCUCAUCGUUCCCGACAGGAUAAUCUUGUCCUCACCGGAUAUGAGCCAGUUGCCUCGGGCCUUCGUCCAACCGGGCCGACAUCUGCGGUUGUUUCGCAGGCCAUUUCAUCCAACCCUGUCCUUGUGGGACCUAAGGCAGGCACUAGCCGUGAUGUCCAACGUCUCAAUCGCCGGGUGUUUGAAAAGACAACUGGCGGUAUCCGUCAAACCAAUACCACUACCGCUCUCCAGGUUGUCGACGAAGAAAACAACGAAGCUAAAGCUGGUAAAAAAACGUUGAAGCGGGCUCGAAGCGAGUUGGUUGUGAAAGAAGCUAGUAAGAAGCAGCCCGUCGCUGGAUACUGCGAAAACUGUCGUGACAAGUAUGAUGACUUCGAAAAGCAUAUACUGUCCAAACGUCACCUUCGGUUUGCUUCGAAUGACGAAAAUUUCCUAGAGCUGGAUGCGCUGCUUGCAACCCUCGAGCGGCCGCGUAAGAAAUCAAUUUCUCCAACACCAUUCCAUUAG